GCAUAAAGCUUCCUCGAUUACUAAAAACUUAUUUUGUAAUAUUAUUAAAAAUAUAAAGUAGAACCUUCUUUUCAAAUAAAGAAUAAUGGAAAAGUUCGACUUAACAUCUGUAAUGGGUCAAUACUUAGACCGGCACUUAGUAUUUCCAUUGUUAGAAUUUUUAUCAGCAAAAGGAAUUUAUAAUGAGACCGAAUUACUAAAAGCUAAAUUGGAUAUAUUAAGUAAAACAAAUAUGAUAGAUUAUGCUAUCGACAUAAGAAAACAAUUAUAUCCUGACCAAGAAAUUCCAGAAGAUUUGAAGCAAAGGCGUAAUCACGUUGUACAGCAGUUGGCCGAAUUACAAGAAGAAGUUAAACCAAUUUUGAAAAUUAUGGAGUCCGAGGAAGUGAUGAAAAACAUGGAAAAUAUGAGGGACUCAAAAACUCUCAUUAGUUAUUUAUCUAAAGAAUCCAAGUUUGAAAUCGAAAUGAUUGAUAGUCUUCACAAACUAGCUAAAUACAGAUACGAUUGUGGUAACUAUACAGUAUCCACAUCUUACUUAUAUUUCUGUAUGUUAGUACUACCUCCAAAUGAUAAGAAUUACCUUAGUGCCUUGUGGGGGAAAUUUGCGUCUGAAAUCUUGUACCAAAAUUGGGAUUCGGCAUUAGAAGAUUUGAACAAACUUAGAGAAUAUAUAGAUUCCAGCCCUAACCAAUUUUCUGGAAACAGUUUGCAGUUAUUACAGCAACGAACAUGGUUGAUCCAUUGGUCAUUGUUUGUAUUCUUCAAUCACGUAUUAGGACGUGAACUGAUUAUUGAAAUGUUCUUGUACAGACCACACUAUCUCAAUGCAAUACAGACAAUGUGUCCGCAUAUUUUGAGAUAUUUGGCAACUGCUGUUAUAAUUACUAGAAGUAGAAGAUCGGCGCUAAAAGAUUUGGUGAAAGUUAUUCAACAAGAAAGUUACACAUACAGGGAUCCCAUAACAGAAUUUUUGGAACAUCUCUAUGUUAACUUUGAUUUUGAUGGUGCUCGCCAAAAAUUACAUGAAUGUCAAACAGUAUUAUUGAAUGAUUUCUUCCUAAUCUCCUGUUUAGACGAAUUCGUAGAAAACGCCCGACUAAUGAUAUUCGAGACAUUCUGUAGAAUCCAUCAGUGCAUCAGUAUAGGCAUGUUGGCGGAAAAAUUGAAUAUGAAUCCAGACGAAGCGGAAUGCUGGAUAGUUAAUUUAAUUAGAAACGCCAGAUUGGACGCUAAAAUUGAUUCGAAAUUGGGGCAUGUGGUGAUGGGUGCUCAACCCUUGUCUCCAUACCAACAACUCAUAGAAAAAAUCGAUUCGCUAUCAGUCAGAUCAGAAACGCUUUGUUCCCUUAUCGAUAGGAAGCUCAGAGCAAAGACUGACGUAAGUUUUAAUAAAUAACUUACAGUGUGUGCCCUUAAGUAAAUUCGUUGGGGAAACCAAGAUUUUUGAAUCUUUAAACUGUUUUAUACCUUGAUCAUCGAUUAAAUAUAAUUACUAACAAG